GGAAAUUAUUGUGGUGAGCAUGGAAACUGAGCCUGCCUUUAAGAAGAUGGAUACAGUGGUAAAACUGGACUCUUGCUCCGAGGCUGUGGUCAAAGUCGAGGAUGACGAAAAAGAUGAGAAGGGCAAAAAGAAGAAGAGGAAGAAGGGGGAGGAGCCUGAGGAGGAGGAGCUUGAUGAGAGCAUGUUGGACUGGUGGUCCAAAUAUUUUGCCUCUAUUGAAACUUUAACUGAGGCUCUCAAGGCUCAAGAGGCAGCGCUGUCAGAUUCAGAAGAAAAGGAAGACAUGGACAUUGCUGAUGGUGGAGCUGAAGACUCUCUAGUAAAAAGCCCCAAGAAAGGAAAAGGAAAGAAAGACAAGAAGAGACAAGCUGUGGAUCCGUUUGAGAAGAAAAAGCCCAAGUUGGAUGAGCUUAAGGUGUAUCCAAAGGAACUGGAAAGUGAAUUUGACAACUUUGAGGACUGGCUCCACACCUUUUCCCUGUUUAGAGGAAAGGGGGGUGACGAUGACGACCAAAAUGUCACAGAUGAGGACAGGAUUGUUGGAAAGUUCAAGGGUUCGCUGUGCAUGUACAAAGUGUCAGAUGAAACACAGAGAGAGAUGAACUUUGACUCCAAUUUAGGAAUGUUUCAGAACAUUCCUAACAAUGAUCCGAUAAAUGUCCUUGUCCGCAUUUAUGUAGUCAGGGCGACAGAUCUGCAUCCAGCAGAUAUCAAUGGGAAAGCUGACCCCUACAUCGCAAUUAAGCUGGGAAAAACAGAAAUCAAAGAUAAGGAAAACUACAUUUCCAAACAGCUGAACCCCUUGUUUGGCAAAUCCUUUGAUGUGGAAGUUACGUUCCCCAUGGAUUCCACUCUGACAGUGUCAAUCUAUGACUGGGAUCUGGUGGGAACAGAUGAUCUGAUUGGAGAAACAAAGUUGGAUCUGGAGAAUCGUUUCUACAGCAAACACAGAGCCACAUGUGGGAUUUCAUCCAGCUAUGCAAUUCAUGGUUACAAUGUGUGGCGAGACCCAAUGAAACCCACUCAAAUCCUGGCGAAGCUGUGCAAGGAUGGAAAACUGGACGGCCCUCACUACGGCCCCGAAGGAAGAGUGAAGGUGGAGAACCGUGUCUUCAUGGCGCCAACUGAGAUCGAGGAUGAAAACGGUUUGAAGAAGAAGACGGAUGAACACCUGGCUCUCUCUGUGCUGAGGCACUGGGAGGAAAUUCCUAAAGCCGGCUGCAAACUGGUCCCAGAGCAUGUAGAAACCAGACCGCUCCUGCAUCCGGAUAAACCAGGAAUCGAACAAGGAAGAAUAGAGAUGUGGGUGGAUAUGUUCCCCAAGGAUAAGACUGCACCAGGUCCUGCUCUUGACAUUUCACCAAGAAAACCAAAGAAGUUUGAACUUAGGGUCAUCAUCUGGAACACAGAUGAGGUUGUUUUAGAGGAUGAUGACAUCUUCACUGGCGAGAAAUCAAGCGACAUCUUUGUACGAGGAUGGCUGAAAGGACAGCAGGAGGACAAACAGGACACUGACGUCCAUUACCACUCCAUCACCGGAGAGGGCAACUUCAACUGGCGCUUCAUCUACCCGUUCGACUACCUGGUGGCUGAGGAGAAGAUAGUCAUCUCCAAAAAGGAGUCAAUGUUUGCCUGGGAUGAGACGGAGUAUAAGAUCCCUCCUCGACUUAAUCUCCAAGUGUGGGACGCUGACCACUUCUCUGCUGAUGAUUUUCUGGGUGCGAUUGAGCUGGACCUAAACCGUUUCCCUCGUGGUGCAAAGACAGCCAAACAGUGCACCAUCGAAAUGGUGACAAACGAAGCCGAGAUGCCUCUGGUCUCCAUCUUUAAGCAGAAGAGGAUUAAAGGCUGGUGGCCAUUUGUCGCCAGAAACGAAGAGGAUGAAUUUGAACUUACUGGUAAAGUCGAAGCUGAGCUGCACCUUCUCACAGGGGAGGAAGCGGAGAAAAGCCCAGCUGGAGAGGGACGCAAUGAGCCUGAGCCUCUGGAGAAACCCAACCGCCCAGAUGUCGCCCUCCUCUGGUUCCUCAUCCCACUCAAAGCGGCAAAGCACCUGGUGUGCGACCAGUACAGGUGGCUGACCAUAAAGAUCGUCACGGCGCUCCUGCUGUUGGCCAUCUUGGCCCUCUUCCUCUACAAUAUGCCGGGAUACAUGGUCAAGAAAAUGCUUGGAGCUUGAAAAGGAAUCAGGACAAAGUUUUCCCUUUUUUUCCAAAUAGUGUGCCCUAACACAAGAAACAGGUAAUCUGAUAUUGGCUUGAGUUGCUGUUAUCAAUGUGUAAAAAUAUAAUUUUGUUACUGUUGUUCUCAUAUUAAGGCUUUUUUUGGGGGAUUUUUAGCUUUUGCCUUAUAUUUUUUUUUGUUGUUGUUCACAUUCAAUUAUAAAACAUAAGAUCCGCAUUUAAGUGAGAGUGUUUUGUUUUCUUGUGUUAAGUUUUUCAGGAAUAUUUGUGUUUGCUUUUCUGCAUUGUUUCAAAUUUUAAA